AUGAGUGACCUUCCUCAAUCUUCCGGAAAUCCUGAAAUUGAUGCUCUGGAUAAUGCCCAACUGUUUCAUCGUUUAGGGAAUGAAAAUAAUCGAUUGAGAGUUGCAAACAAUCAAUUGGAAGAUGCAAAUAAUCAUUUGAAAGCUGAAAAAGAUCGAUUUAGAUAUGAAUAUGAUCGUUUGAUAACUGAUUUUAAACGAGCGGAAGAUGCAAAGAAUCAUUUCAGAGCUGAAAAUGAUCAUUUGAGAGCUGAAAAUAAUGGAUUGAAAGAUGCAAAGAAUCAUUUCAGAGCUGAAAAUAAUCGAUUGGAAGCUGCAAAUAAUCUAUUUAUAUAUGAAUAUAAUCGAUUGAGAGCUGAAAAUAGUCGAUUGGAAGAUGCAAAUAAUCAAUUGAGAGCUGAAAAUAAUCGAUUGAUAGCUGCAAGUGGAAACAUAAGUCGAGAAGUUCUAAAUUACUAUGAAGAUGCUCAACGAGCAAUGAGCAUGUUACGAGCUUCACAAAAUGAGUUUCGAGAAACAAUAAAUGCACAUACUCAAUAUCCGAACUUACGAGAUCUGCUUAAUGAUAUACUAAGUUUCUCAACUGUUGAUGCUGAUGAUGGUAUCGCCAAUAUACCUCCUAGAGAAGACCAAAGCGGAACCUUUGUCUUGUGCAAAUCUAAUACAGAUGUCAGGCUCUUUUAUGUGAUUAGAACCCAAGAAAAUGAUGCAGAACCAUCUUUAAGUGCUGUUAGUGGAGAUAUGGAAGAAAUCUUGCGAUUGACUUCAGUUCCAAACCCCUCACACCUGUAUUUAUUAAUUCAGAAACUAUUACCAGAAGCUACGUUUAGUAAUAAUGAGCUCACUUUGCUUGACAAUAGGACUGCAGAUGAAUUGAAAACCGAAAUCGCCCAUAUUUACAAGCGUUAUAUCAUCGCAUUGUCUCGCCAGAUCAUUACGAACUACGGUGCCAUACGGAAUCUUCGCUCGUAA